AGACAAAGUAUUAGAAUGGCAUAAAAUAUGGCCCAGUUCUACUACAAAAGAAGUGUCAAUGCUCCCUACAGAGAUCGUAUCCCUCUUCGUAUUGUACGGGCAGAAUCUGAACUGUCUCAUUCAGAGAAAGCCUAUCUGAACGCCGUGGAGAAAGGAGAUUAUGCGAGUGUAAAGAAAGCUUUGGAGGAAGCAGAAAUUUAUUUCAAGAUCAAUAUUAAUUGCAUUGAUCCCCUGGGAAGAACUGCACUCCUUAUUGCAAUUGAAAAUGAGAACCUUGAGCUCAUUGAGCUGCUCUUAAGUUUUAAUGUAUAUGUGGGAGACGCUCUGUUGCAUGCCAUACGAAAGGAGGUAGUUGGUGCCGUGGAGCUGCUGUUAAACCACAAGAAGCCCAGUGGGGAGAAACAGGUGCCACCAGUGCUUCUGGACAAGCAGUUUUCAGAAUUCACGCCAGAUAUCACACCCAUUAUUCUGGCUGCCCACACCAACAAUUAUGAAAUCAUAAAGCUCCUUGUACAGAAGGGGGUCUCCGUGCCCAGGCCACAUGAGGUCCGCUGUAACUGCGUCGAAUGUGUGUCGAGUUCAGAUGUGGACAGCCUUCGCCACUCUCGAUCCAGACUCAAUAUCUACAAGGCUCUGGCGAGCCCAUCGUUGAUUGCUUUGUCCAGUGAAGAUCCCUUCCUUACCGCUUUUCAACUGAGCUGGGAGCUGCAGGAGCUCAGUAAAGUCGAAAAUGAAUUUAAGUCGGAGUAUGAGGAACUGUCACGGCAAUGCAAGCAAUUUGCAAAAGAUCUGCUGGAUCAGACACGGAGUUCCAGGGAAUUGGAAAUUAUUCUUAAUUACAGAGAUGAUAAUAGCUUGAUAGAAGAACAAAGUGGUAAUGAUCUUGCAAGAUUGAAACUGGCAAUUAAGUACCGUCAAAAAGAG